AUGCCUGCGGAUACUGUAGGAAAGACCAUUACUUGCAAGGCGGCUGUUGCAUGGGAGGCUGGCAAGGAUCUGUCCAUCGAGGACGUUGAGGUUGGGCCGCCCAGGGCACACGAGGUCCGCAUUGAGAUCUACUACACUGGCGUCUGCCACACAGAUGCCUACACACUCUCCGGCAAGGAUCCCGAAGGUGCUUUCCCCAUUGUCCUUGGUCAUGAGGGCGCUGGUAUCGUGGAGUCCGUCGGCGAAGGCGUCACCAACGUAAAGCCCGGUGACCACGUUGUUGCACUCUACACCCCCGAAUGCAAGGAAUGCAAGUUCUGCAAGUCCGGAAAGACCAACCUCUGCGGCAAGAUCCGUGCCACCCAAGGUAAAGGUGUCAUGCCCGAUGGCACCUCGCGCUUCAAGGCCAAGGGCAAAGACCUCCUCCACUUCAUGGGCACAUCCACAUUCUCGCAGUACACCGUCGUAGCCGAUAUUUCUGUCGUCGCCAUUACUGAGAAGGCACCCAUGGAUCGCACAUGUCUGCUCGGUUGCGGCAUCACCACCGGUUACGGCGCGGCCGUCAUCACUGCCGGAAAGGGCGGGCUCGAGAAGGGCUCCAACGUCGCUGUUUUCGGUGCAGGUUGCGUCGGUCUCUCCGUCAUUCAAGGUGCUGUAAAGAACGGCGCGGGCAAGAUCAUCGUCGUCGAUGUCAACGACAGCAAGGAGGAGUGGAGCAAGAAGUUCGGUGCUACGGACUUCGUAAACCCCACCAAGUUGAGCGGACAGAGCAUCCAGGAGAAGCUGAUUGAGAUGACCGAUGGAGGUUGCGACUACACUUUCGACUGCACUGGCAACGUCAACGUCAUGAGGGCGGCGCUCGAGGCAUGCCACAAGGGCUGGGGAGAGAGCAUCAUCAUUGGUGUUGCGGCAGCUGGACAGGAGAUCUCCACACGACCCUUCCAACUCGUCACCGGCCGCGUCUGGAAAGGCUGCGCCUUCGGCGGCGUAAAGGGCCGCACCCAGCUGCCCGGCCUCGUCUCCGACUACAUGAACGGCGACCUCAAGGUCGACGAGUUCAUCACGCACCGCCAGCCGCUCGACAAGAUCAACCAGGCAUUCGGAGAUAUGAAGGCGGGCGACUGUAUCCGGUGUGUUGUUAACAUGCGGGAGUGA